UUUGGGAAUAUGUAGUAGGCCGGGAGUUUGAAGGAAGUGACAAGUUUGGUCCCAAAAUUUUAUGGGUUUGGGGCUAAUGGAAGAGUUUCUGACGAUGGCAUUCACCAAGUUGAUCCGAUCCGUUGGCCAAAAGAUAUUUAAAAAAAGCAACCCAGCAAUUCCGAAUAGGAUCCCAUCUUCGGAAGGUUCGGACGAUUCUUCGUUUGAGCUGGACGAGAGCUUUCAGGCGAUGAUUGAGCGCAAACGGAAGAAGAUGAUCGAGGAUCGGUUGGCGGCUGUUGGGUUGGACAGUACCACCGAGGAUGAGGACAGUUUGGUGACGGGACAUUCUAGGGAUGUUGGUGGCGGUGACUCUCGGUUCCGGUGCAACGACAGUACGAUCAUCGAGCAGGAUUCGAUCCACAAGACCACAGACGAGAGCUUCGAAGCGAUGGAGCGGCUGUGUGGUUCAAUUAAUCUGGGUGCGGGAGGAGACGCGGAGGAGUCCCAGCUGGACGCGGAGAUGCCACCGCCGUCGCUAGAUUAUACGGUGCAGAUGAAGAGGGCUUCCUCAAAGGGUGAGCCAACUUGUCUAGCUGAGAUGACCCAGCUGGAGGACAUCGAGGAGCCAUCAGGCAUGUGGGAGAACUCAAUACUGCACGCUACGGCCGCCAACAAGAUGCUUUCCCCAAUAAAACGCGUCCACAUGCUGCGUCCUUCAACGAUUUUGGAAGAGGCCACAAUCAACGAGACGACCACGACCGGAACUGCUAACCAGACCAGCUCGAAGAACACAUCACUGGAGAGUUACGCCACGGCGAAGCAACAGCUGGACGGCAGCGGAACGGACAACUACUCGAUCAUCACCGGAAGCGAAGUGUACCGUACGGCGGAGGAAGGAUCGACGAUCAACAGCACGGCGGAUUCCAGCGCCGGUGUUGGCUUUGAAACGACGGUCGUCAACAAAACGGGCAUCGAGAAUCGUCGCGAGGUUGAUGAGGACGUCGUAAUCGUGUUGGAUUCAAGCUCCAGCGAAGCUGAGGAUUCUCUUCCGGGUGGCGACAAACGGUUGGACGCCUCAAGCAUGCUGGAAACGAGCGCGAGCCUGCAGGAGAAUUCGCUCUGCCUGAAUGACACCAGCGUGCUCGAGAACCGCCCAGAUUCACCCCUGCUGGACGAAAUCCCGGACCACUUCAACGAUACGAUGGAAGAAAUGGAAUUUAUGAUGCGUCAAGGCAUGAAGGUCAUGCAGCAGCAGAAGCAAGCUCAAGAGCUGGAGAAGAGCAAGAAACCGUCGCUGCCAGGUCCGUCCAUCCUGAAGAAGACCGAGAUGACCCCGGUGACGCCCGCCAGCCCGGGCCGGUACCUUAAACCCAAACAACCCACCUCAGCGUCCAGCGCUAAGCAAAUGCUUUUCACCCACAGCGCAAGCAAGGUCAACUCCGCCCACAAGCAACCACCGCCCUUCGGCUCAAGCAGCUGCGGCACGUUCAAGAAGCCGCUCGUCAGUCGCUUCCCACUACCCAAAUCCGCCAAAAAGUUCGACCACAUCAAAUCCCCCAUCGGAACGUACAUCAACAAGACUCCGCACACGACACUUCAAGCCAAGAUUUUCUGCCCCAACCAGAACCUGGUCGACGUUCUGCACACCAACCCGCACAACCGCGAAAGCGUGCUGAGCGUCAAGGAGAACAACUUCGCCCCCCAAGAACCCGAAGGUUACGCCUCGUCACUUCCCCGCAAGGGCGUCGUCUGCUCACGUGGAGCUCACGUCCUCGACGAGCGCAAGACGGUCCGCAUUCCGGGCGGUGAGAAGGUGCACAAACUGAUCAACAGCUCGCCGACGCUCGUCAUUCGGCACGAGGGCCGGCUGCGUUACCAGCGCGAGACGCCGCUCACGGACGAUAGCGUUGCGGACGACAGCGUGGCCGAUCUGUCGAUGGCGUCCGGCGAUGUGUCGGUGCGGAUCUUGAAGGAUGUGCGGCGGUUCUAGUGAGUCUAUCGGAUUUGGCCCUUUUUUAUUCGUCCUUUGAAGAUGGAGAUUGUUUUUCAACUAGCGGUCUCAGAAGUUGUGAUU